AUGGUCCCUUUGCUUCUAGCAGGAGCAUAUCUGUUGGACAGUUAUGAGGCUAAAGUCCUGAAUAUGGCUGGAAAUACCAAAAGACCAGUGGAAAAUGUUCGGUUACUUGAUCGUGUAUCCUCCAGAAAAGCCACCCUGGGCACCUUGUAUUUGACAGCUACUCAUGUCAUAUUUGUGGAAAAUGCUUCUGAAACUCGUAAAGAAACCUGGGUUCUUCACAGCCAGAUUUCCUCCAUCGAGAAGCAGGCCACGACCGCCACCGGCUGCCCCUUGCUGAUCCGCUGCAAGAACUUCCAGGUCAUCCAGCUGGUCAUCCCUCAGGAGCGAGACUGCCACGAUGUUUACAUCUCCCUGAUACGUCUGGCACGACCAGUAAAAUAUGAAGAGCUGUAUUGUUUCUCCUUCAACCCAAAGUUAGAUAAAGAAGAACGAGAGCGAGGCUGGAAGCUCGUGGAGCUCAGUGCAGAGUAUAACCGGAUGGGUAUCCCAAACAGUUACUGGCAGAUGAGCGAUGUAAACAGAGACUAUGGAGUCUGUGACUCAUAUCCUACGGAGGUGUAUGUACCAAAAUCUGCAACUGCACACAUCAUAGUGGGGAGCUCUAAAUUUCGGAGCCGAAGACGUUUCCCAGCUCUUUCUUACUAUUACAAGGAUAACAAUGCCUCCAUCUGUAGGAGCAGCCAACCUUUAUCUGGCUUCAGUGCUCGAUGCCUUGAAGAUGAACAGAUGCUCCAGGCCAUUAGGAAAGCAAAUCCAGGAAGUGAUUUCUUAUAUGUUGUUGACACUCGGCCCAAACUCAAUGCGAUGGCAAACAGAGCAGCAGGAAAGGGAUAUGAAAAUGAAGACAACUAUUCUAACAUCAAGUUUCAGUUCAUAGGCAUUGAGAACAUCCACGUCAUGAGAAGCAGUCUGCAAAAAAUGCUUGAAGUUUGUGAGCUGAAGUCGCCUUCUAUGAGUGACUUUCUGUGGGGCCUAGAGAAUUCUGGCUGGCUGAAGCACAUCAAAGCCAUUAUGGACGCUGGCAUCUUUAUUGCAAAGGCUGUGGCUGAGGAAGGUGUGAGUGUGCUUGUUCACUGCUCUGAUGGCUGGGAUAGGACAGCCCAGGUUUGCUCCGUAGCGAGCCUUCUAUUGGACCCGUAUUACAGAACUAUGAAGGGAUUCAUGGUGCUAAUUGAAAAAGAUUGGGUUUCCUUUGGUCACAAAUUUAACCACAGGUACGGCAACCUGGAUGGCGAUCCGAAGGAGAUAUCUCCUGUGAUUGACCAGUUCAUCGAAUGUGUUUGGCAGCUAAUGGAGCAGUUUCCUUGUGCCUUUGAGUUCAAUGAAAGAUUCCUGAUCCAUGUACAACAUCAUAUCUAUUCCUGCCAGUUUGGUAACUUCCUGUGCAACAGCCAGAAGGAGCGACGAGAGCUUAAAGUCCAAGAACGAACGUAUUCACUGUGGGCUCACUUGUGGAAAAACCGUGCCGAUUACCUGAAUCCUCUGUACAGGUCGGACCACAGCCAAACCCAAGGGACCCUGCGCCCACAGAUAGCUCCGUGCAACUUCUUGUACAAGUAGGUGAUA